AUGCCACACAGAGUGUUGUUGGUUGCUGCAACUAAGUGUGCUGACGCAAGGAGAAGAAGGCAAGGAGAAGGCAAGGAGAAGAAGGCAAGGAGAAGGCAAGGAGAAGGCAAGGAGAAGAAGGCAAGGAGAAGGCAAGGAGAAGAAGGCAAGGAGAAGGCAAGGAGAAGAAGGCAAGGAGAAGAAGGCAAGGAGAAGAAGGCAAGGAGAAGAAGGCAAGGAGAAGAAGGCAAGGAGAAGAAGGCAAGGAGAAGAAGGCAAGGAGGAGAAGGCAAGGAGGAGAAGGCAAGGAGGAGAAGGCAAGGAGAAGAAGGCAAGGAGAAGAAGGCAAGGAGAAGAAGGCAAGGAGAAGGCAAGGAGAAGGCAAGGAGAAGGCAAGGAGAAGGCAAGGAGAAGGCAAGGAGAAGGCAAGGAGAAGGCAAGGAGAAGGCAAGGAGAAGGCAAGGAGAAGGCAAGGAGAAGGCAAGGAGAAGGCAAGGAGAAGGCAAGGAGAAGGCAAGGAGAAGGCAAGGAGAAGGCAAGGAGAAGGCAAGGAGAAGGCAAGGAGAAGGCAAGGAGAAGGCAAGGAGAAGGCAAGGAGAAGGCAAGGAGAAGGCAAGGAGAAGGCAAGGAGAAGGCAAGGAGAAGGCAAGGAGAAGGCAAGGAGAAGGCAAGGAGAAGGCAAGGAGAAGGCAAGGAGAAGGCAAGGAGAAGGCAAGGAGAAGGCAAGGAGAAGGCAAGGAGAAGGCAAGGAGAAGGCAAGGAGAAGAGGAAAGGAGGAAAAGAGAGGAGGAAGUGAGUAAAUCAGAGGAGGAAGUGAGUAAAUCAGAGGAGGAAGUGAGGAAAUCAGAGGAGGAAGUGAGGAAAUCAGAGGAGGAAGUGAGGAAAUCAGAGGAGGAAGUGAGGAAAUCAGAGGAGGAAGUGAGGAAAUCAGAGGAGGAAGUGAGGAAAUCAGAGGAGGAAGUGAGGAAAUCAGAGGAGGAAGUGAGGAAAUCAGAGGAGGAAGUGAGGAAAUCAGAGGAGGAAGUGAGGAAAUCAGAGGAGGAAGUGAGGAAAUCAGAGGAGGAAGUGAGGAAAUCAGAGGAGGAAGUGAGGAAAGCAGAGGAGGAAGUGAGGAAAGCAGAGGAGGAAGUGAGGAAAGCAGAGGAGGAAGUGAGGAAAGCAGAGGAGGAAGUGAGGAAAGCAGAGGAGGAAGUGAGGAAAGCAGAGGAGGAAGUGAGGAAAGCAGAGGAGGAAGUGAGGAAAGCAGAGGAGGAAGUGAGGAAAGCAGAGGAGGAAGUGAGGAAAGCAGAGGAGGAAGUGAGGAAAGCAGAGGAGGAAGUGAGGAAAGCAGAGGAGGAAGUGAGGAAAGCAGAGGAGGAAGUGAGGAAAGCAGAGGAGGAAGUGAGGAAAGCAGAGGAGGAAGUGAGGAAAGCAGAGGAGGAAGUGAGGAAAGCAGAGGAGGAAGUGAGGAAAGCAGAGGAGGAAGUGAGGAAAGCAGAGGAGGAAGUGAGGAAAGCAGAGGAGGAAGUGAGGAAAGCAGAGGAGGAAGUGAGGAAAGCAGAGGAGGAAGUGAGGAAAGCAGAGGAGGAAGUGAGGAAAGCAGAGGAGGAAGUGAGGAAAGCAGAGGAGGAAGUGAGGAAAGCAGAGGAGGAAGUGAGGAAAGCAGAGGAGGAAGUGAGGAAAGCAGAGGAGGAAGUGAGGAAAGCAGAGGAGGAAGUGAGGAAAGCAGAGGAGGAAGUGAGGAAAGCAGAGGAGGAAGUGAGGAAAGCAGAGGAGGAAGUGAGGAAAGCAGAGGAGGAAGUGAGGAAAGCAGAGGAGGAAGUGAGGAAAGCAGAGGAGGAAGUGAGGAAAGCAGAGGAGGAAGUGAGGAAAGCAGAGGAGGAAGUGAGGAAAGCAGAGGAGGAAGUGAGGAAAGCAGAGGAGGAAGUGAGGAAAGCAGAGGAGGAAGUGAGGAAAGCAGAGGAGGAAGUGAGGAAAGCAGAGGAGGAAGUGAGGAAAGCAGAGGAGGAAGUGAGGAAAGCAGAGGAGGAAGUGAGGAAAGCAGAGGAGGAAGUGAGGAAAGCAGAGGAGGAAGUGAGGAAAGCAGAGGAGGAAGUGAGGAAAGCAGAGGAGGAAGUGAGGAAAGCAGAGGAGGAAGUGAGGAAAGCAGAGGAGGAAGUGAGGAAAGCAGAGGAGGAAGUGAGGAAAGCAGAGGAGGAAGUGAGGAAAGCAGAGGAGGAAGUGAGGAAAGCAGAGGAGGAAGUGAGGAAAGCAGAGGAGGAAGUGAGGAAAGCAGAGGAGGAAGUGAGGAAAGCAGAGGAGGAAGUGAGGAAAGCAGAGGAGGAAGUGAGGAAAGCAGAGGAGGAAGUGAGGAAAGCAGAGGAGGAAGUGAGGAAAGCAGAGGAGGAAGUGAGGAAAGCAGAGGAGGAAGUGAGGAAAGCAGAGGAGGAAGUGAGGAAAGCAGAGGAGGAAGUGAGGAAAGCAGAGGAGGAAGUGAGGAAAGCAGAGGAGGAAGUGAGGAAAGCAGAGGAGGAAGUGAGGAAAGCAGAGGAGGAAGUGAGGAAAGCAGAGGAGGAAGUGAGGAAAGCAGAGGAGGAAGUGAGGAAAGCAGAGGAGGAAGUGAGGAAAGCAGAGGAGGAAGUGAGGAAAGCAGAGGAGGAAGUGAGGAAAGCAGAGGAGGAAGUGAGGAAAGCAGAGGAGGAAGUGAGGAAAGCAGAGGAGGAAGUGAGGAAAGCAGAGGAGGAAGUGAGGAAAGCAGAGGAGGAAGUGAGGAAAGCAGAGGAGGAAGUGAGGAAAGCAGAGGAGGAAGUGAGGAAAGCAGAGGAGGAAGUGAGGAAAGCAGAGGAGGAAGUGAGGAAAGCAGAGGAGGAAGUGAGGAAAGCAGAGGAGGAAGUGAGGAAAGCAGAGGAGGAAGUGAGGAAAGCAGAGGAGGAAGUGAGGAAAGCAGAGGAGGAAGUGAGGAAAGCAGAGGAGGAAGUGAGGAAAGCAGAGGAGGAAGUGAGGAAAGCAGAGGAGGAAGUGAGGAAAGCAGAGGAGGAAGUGAGGAAAGCAGAGGAGGAAGUGAGGAAAGCAGAGGAGGAAGUGAGGAAAGCAGAGGAGGAAGUGAGGAAAGCAGAGGAGGAAGUGAGGAAAGCAGAGGAGGAAGUGAGGAAAGCAGAGGAGGAAGUGAGGAAAGCAGAGGAGGAAGUGAGGAAAGCAGAGGAGGAAGUGAGGAAAGCAGAGGAGGAAGUGAGGAAAGCAGAGGAGGAAGUGAGGAAAGCAGAGGAGGAAGUGAGGAAAGCAGAGGAGGAAGUGAGGAAAGCAGAGGAGGAAGUGAGGAAAGCAGAGGAGGAAGUGAGGAAAGCAGAGGAGGAAGUGAGGAAAUCAGAGGAGGAAGUGAGGAAAGCAGAGGAGGAAGUGAGGAAAUCAGAGGAGGAAGUGAGGAAAUCAGAGGAGGAAGUGAGGAAAGCAGAGGAGGAAGUGAGGAAAGCAGAGGAGGAAGUGAGGAAAGCAGAGGAGGAAGUGAGGAAAGCAGAGGAGGAAGUGAGGAAAGCAGAGGAGGAAGUGAGGAAAGCAGAGGAGGAAGUGAGGAAAGCAGAGGAGGAAGUGAGGAAAGCAGAGGAGGAAGUGAGGAAAGCAGAGGAGGAAGUGAGGAAAGCAGAGGAGGAAGUGAGGAAAGCAGAGGAGGAAGUGAGGAAAGCAGAGGAGGAAGUGAGGAAAGCAGAGGAGGAAGUGAGGAAAGCAGAGGAGGAAGUGAGGAAAGCAGAGGAGGAAGUGAGGAAAGCAGAGGAGGAAGUGAGGAAAGCAGAGGAGGAAGUGAGGAAAGCAGAGGAGGAAGUGAGGAAAGCAGAGGAGGAAGUGAGGAAAGCAGAGGAGGAAAGGAGGAAAGCAGAGGAGGAAAGGAGGAAAGCAGAGGAGGAAAGGAGGAAAGCAGAGGAGGAAAGGAGGAAAGCAGAGGAGGAAAGGAGGAAAGCAGAGGAGGAAAGGAGGAAAGCAGAGGAGGAAAGGAGGAAAGCAGAGGAGGAAAGGAGGAAAAUUCUUGACAAACUCUGUCAUGAAGCUGAGAGGAUCAUCAAAUUUCAUGGAGAAAUCCACUAUGAAUCUCGGGACCUGCCCAACAGCUGUUUCAUUGUACAUCAGUAUGCAUCCAUCUCUCCUCAGGUCAGCCAGGGAAGAGGUCCAAGCACAGGGAAGAGGUCCAAGCACAGGGAAGAGGUCCAAGCACAGGGAAGAGGUCCAAGCACAGGGAAGAGGUCCAAGCACAGGGAAGAGGUCCAAGCACAGGGAAGAGGUCCAAGCACAGGGAAGAGGUCCAAGCACAGGGAAGAGGUCCAAGCACAGGGAAGAGGUCCAAGCACAGGGAAGAGGUCCAAGCACAGGGAAGAGGUCCAAGCACAGGGAAGAGGUCCAAGCACAGGGAAGAGGUCCAAGCACAGGGAAGAGGUCCAAGCACAGGGAAGAGGUCCAAGCACAGGGAAGAGGUCCAAGCACAGGGAAGAGGUCCAAGCACAGGGAAGAGGUCCAAGCACAGGGAAGAGGUCCAAGCACAGGGAAGAGGUCCAAGCACAGGGAAGAGGUCCAAGCACAGGGAAGAGGUCCAAGCACAGGGAAGAGGUCCAAGCACAGGGAAGAGGUCCAAGCACAGGGAAGAGGUCCAAGCACAGGGAAGAGGUCCAAGCACAGGGAAGAGGUCCAAGCACAGGGAAGAGGUCCAAGCACAGGGAAGAGGUCCAAGCACAGGGAAGAGGUCCAAGCACAGGGAAGAGGUCCAAGCACAGGGAAGAGGUCCAAGCACAGGGAAGAGGUCCAAGCACAGGGAAGAGGUCCAAGCACAGGGAAGAGGUCCAAGCACAGGGAAGAGGUCCAAGCACAGGGAAGAGGUCCAAGCACAGGGAAGAGGUCCAAGCACAGGGAAGAGGUCCAAGCACAGGGAAGAGGUCCAAGCACAGGGAAGAGGUCCAAGCACAGGGAAGAGGUCCAAGCACAGGGAAGAGGUCCAAGCACAGGGAAGAGGUCCAAGCACAGGGAAGAGGUCCAAGCACAGGGAAGAGGUCCAAGCACAGGGAAGAGGUCCAAGCACAGGGAAGAGGUCCAAGCACAGGGAAGAGGUCCAAGCACAGGGAAGAGGUCCAAGCACAGGGAAGAGGUCCAAGCACAGGGAAGAGGUCCAAGCACAGGGAAGAGGUCCAAGCACAGGGAAGAGGUCCAAGCACAGGGAAGAGGUCCAAGCACAGGGAAGAGGUCCAAGCACAGGGAAGAGGUCCAAGCACAGGGAAGAGGUCCAAGCACAGGGAAGAGGUCCAAGCACAGGGAAGAGGUCCAAGCACAGGGAAGAGGUCCAAGCACAGGGAAGAGGUCCAAGCACAGGGAAGAGGUCCAAGCACAGGGAAGAGGUCCAAGCACAGGGAAGAGGUCCAAGCACAGGGAAGAGGUCCAAGCACAGGGAAGAGGUCCAAGCACAGGGAAGAGGUCCAAGCACAGGGAAGAGGUCCAAGCACAGGGAAGAGGUCCAAGCACAGGGAAGAGGUCCAAGCACAGGGAAGAGGUCCAAGCACAGGGAAGAGGUCCAAGCACAGGGAAGAGGUCCAAGCACAGGGAAGAGGUCCAAGCACAGGGAAGAGGUCCAAGCACAGGGAAGAGGUCCAAGCACAGGGAAGAGGUCCAAGCACAGGGAAGAGGUCCAAGCACAGGGAAGAGGUCCAAGCACAGGGAAGAGGUCCAAGCACAGGGAAGAGGUCCAAGCACAGGGAAGAGGUCCAAGCACAGGGAAGAGGUCCAAGCACAGGGAAGAGGUCCAAGCACAGGGAAGAGGUCCAAGCACAGGGAAGAGGUCCAAGCACAGGGAAGAGGUCCAAGCACAGGGAAGAGGUCCAAGCACAGGGAAGAGGUCCAAGCACAGGGAAGAGGUCCAAGCACAGGGAAGAGGUCCAAGCACAGGGAAGAGGUCCAAGCACAGGGAAGAGGUCCAAGCACAGGGAAGAGGUCCAAGCACAGGGAAGAGGUCCAAGCACAGGGAAGAGGUCCAAGCACAGGGAAGAGGUCCAAGCACAGGGAAGAGGUCCAAGCACAGGGAAGAGGUCCAAGCACAGGGAAGAGGUCCAAGCACAGGGAAGAGGUCCAAGCACAGGGAAGAGGUCCAAGCACAGGGAAGAGGUCCAAGCACAGGGAAGAGGUCCAAGCACAGGGAAGAGGUCCAAGCACAGGGAAGAGGUCCAAGCACAGGGAAGAGGUCCAAGCACAGGGAAGAGGUCCAAGCACAGGGAAGAGGUCCAAGCACAGGGAAGAGGUCCAAGCACAGGGAAGAGGUCCAAGCACAGGGAAGAGGUCCAAGCACAGGGAAGAGGUCCAAGCACAGGGAAGAGGUCCAAGCACAGGGAAGAGGUCCAAGCACAGGGAAGAGGUCCAAGCACAGGGAAGAGGUCCAAGCACAGGGAAGAGGUCCAAGCACAGGGAAGAGGUCCAAGCACAGGGAAGAGGUCCAAGCACAGGGAAGAGGUCCAAGCACAGGGAAGAGCUCUCAUCCCCGAGAUGCUGGCUGCGCUGGACCGCCAACUGGAGGCAGAGUGA